GUGUAAGGGAGAUUCUAUGGACUUGCGUAGCUAGAGUGUGUAUCAGAUUUUUUGGAUGAGUGACAAGAAAUAAUUCUGCAAACUGACAGCAUGCAAUUGUAAAGUCUGUGGAAAAAGUAUUAGUUCACUUUGAGAUGCGCACCUGUACAAGUCAGUUGUUCCUGGUGGCGACCAGGCUACUAUACGAUAAUCUACAUUAGCACAACGUCAAGCGGGCGGCACCAACACCAAGAUGCCUUCUGUUGCAUAUUUCCCGCCGGGCAUUGGCUCUGCCGGCACCGCGGGGAGUAGCAUGCUCCGCCCACCCGAACACCAAUCAUCACCAAGCCGAGCACAACCAACUCCGGGAAGAACAUCCCCGCUCCCCCCAAAUUUCGACCGCCACGACCGGGAAAUUACGAAAAACUACCAUUACGACGCCUUCGUCACGACCAGCGGGUACAAGGUGCCGGCCGGGCUCGCGCAUGACCCGCGGGUGAUUUCCAUCCCGGGGCAGUGGCCCUAUCGCGAGGGGGAUCGGGAACGGGCACAGAAAAGGUACUAUUGCCAAGCGAAACAGGAGAAAGCAGGAACUACAGGUGAUGUUGCGCCGAGACAGUUGCUGCAAGCGCCGCCUAUCGUCACACCCGCGACCGGUACGCUAUUCGCAUCUCCCACGAGUCCAGGGAGGCCCUCAGGAGCUGGAGGGAGACCAAGUCGUAAUCAUUUUCACGGAGCUGCACACGUCAACGACACAUCAGCCAAUCUUCGCCGGGACCUUUCCACCAACCGGAGCAGCGGCCGUGUUAGCGUUGAGCAACGAGGCCCUGCAGCUGUAUCACAACAACAACCGGAAUUAGAAUUACACAUGCAGCCACGCCUUCUCGCGGGGAAGACAACUUUCCUCAAACCGCCGAUGUUGCAAAAGGUUGUGUUGGAAACGGGAGGGAAUUUGAGCUACGCGAGCACGCCGCGAAGUUCUUUUUCAAGAACUUCAAGCAGGAGGGAAAUAAAGCAGUUCUCAUCGUCUACUUCACCCGCAGCUGCACGAGUUGUGGCUCCAACAUCCACUCCGCGACCAGGAAACAAUGCGGAGAUGAAAGACCAAAACAAUAACUACAAACCACUCUGUCAGCACCUCGAUGUUUCCAGAAGUCCAAGUCGAAUUUUGGCGGCGGAAAACCAGAUCAUUUCGCAUCUGGAAAAGCAGCACGAGUCGCUGAGACUGACACCCAGGAGCAGUUUGAAGAAAGACAGUAGUGGUUCUGGUGUUUUUUCGAAUAAAUUUUCAUCAUCAUCGCGGAGGUUGGAAGUGCCCAAGUUGAAAUUGAAGCUGACAAGCUGCUUGUCGGAGCAGAAAUUUCAGUUUUACUGCGAAGAGAAGGAUGUUGUUGAGCCGGUAGGGGAAGAAGCAGUAGCAGCACCUGCAGCAGCUUCGACGACCGGUGUUAGUAACAAGCCUGCAUUCAAUGUGGACCAGGUAGUAGGCCACCCAGUUGCUACGGCGCAUGAUGAUGAGAUACCAGCGGCUGUACCUCCGCGGCUUUCGUCGACGGAUAACAAACCAGCCACUUCUUCCAGCUCCAGCACGGACACAGCCACGGUGAAGGAACCGCCAGUUCUUCCAGCUGAUGCAGCUGCGGCCGCAGAUGAAGAUGCUCUCGCAUCAGCAGACAAGCCGCGAAGUUCUGCUCCUGCUGUUGAGUCAAGAACAUCUUCGCACAGUAAAAGCGCAGCAUCUUCAACUUCAUCCCCUACUUCUGAGGACACCACGAAUGGUACUAAAACCGGGCCAACGACGACCUCUAUCGCAACCAGCAAGACAAGUUCCGCUUCUGCGACUUAUGACGUGUUGUACGAAGACGAAGAAGAGGCCUAUCUUCGAGAAAGCAACACCAGCAACAGGAGUAACGAUUGUCGGAGAAUCACUUCCGUUACCUCGACGAGAAGCUGCGUUCUUUUGGAUAACAUCAUCGAUCCGGAGGUGCACGAGAAAGCGGCUUUAAUACAACAGCAAAAAGCACCAGGGCAGAUUGGUGUGGAUCUGCUUCUGCAAGACGAGCAGACGAAAGGUACAACUAGAGAAGAUCAAAAUAAGACAGCCGCGACCGGUGAAGUACUUCUAGCACGAGAAAUAAACCUCGUCCUGGUCGACCACGAAAACCCAGGGAGAGGACGGGGGAGUGUGUUUGAAGACAAGAUUGUUGGAAGCGAAAAGGUUGUGCAGGAGAUUAACACAAAUGAAUCUGGUGAAACAAACCUACAGGAAGAACCGUAUUCCACGCACGAGCAGCCCACCACCACCCUUCUCGAACAGGAAACAGACCGCACCAGAGACACCUCCACAAUUGCGGUGGUCGGGUCAUCGGGGCUUAGAUCCAGUUGCGGAGGAGUUUUGCAGGAACACCCUUUCGACGAAUCGGUUGUGCUCGAACCAAGUGAAACUAGAAGACGGUCUACCAGCACGAAGCCGAGCACGACGAAAAGCAAGAGCGAAGAAGUAGCUGCUGCUGCGGCAGUUCCAGCUGAUGACAACAACAGCAGCAGCAAACUAAGACCCUCUGCCCCCAAACCCAUGAUCUCGCACAGGAUGAUGAAGAUGUGCUAUGAGGGGAUGGAGAAAAAGAGUUCCACUUCCGCACCAGCGUCAACCACUUCCUUGAAAAGCAUGGAAGACACGACGACUCCUUUGGCGACAGGAGCAGCACCACCGGCACAAGUAGCGGGAAUUAUGCCGGGAAAAAGUGAUGUUCUUCUUCCGACGUCGGAUGACAAGUUCUUACCGCUCCGCCAAACUGCCGACGACGGAGACGAAACGGAAGAGGAUCCGGCUUUGUUCAAGUUCAAACGAUAUCCUGUGCAAAAGUAUCGCACUCGUACUAAUUGCAGUAUAUGAAUGACAAAUCUUCUUCUCAAGGUAAAACAGCAUGACAAAUUCCGUUUCUCAUGCUGAGCAAAUUUGUAAUGCGAUCUCUACAACUGUAGUACGAUACUUUUGCAAUGCAUAAGCGACCGGACAGGAAGUGCGCCUUUACACCGACCAGUAGUACAUCGUCGUCUUCCACUUUGGGGGUAAACUUCGGUUGUUCUACUAGCAUGUUGUCAGCAAGCAAAGAGACUGUGGGACAACAGCAGGGUGCUCUGAAUGAAAAAGCCACGGAGGCACGGCCUCUAGCACAAGAGCGCAGCGAUGGCGAGGCGGGGAAAGUAGAACGGGGCAUUUUCUUAAUGGAGAAACAAGAACCAAAGAAACUCACCGUGGCGUUCGCUUUCCCGGAAGACAAAGACGAAAAAGAAGCAUUUUUACCCCCUCCUGCAACAGCACCUGAUCCAGCGGAGCAUGUGCAUGAUCAAAACGACGAAGCGCCUAUCGUGAUCGACCAAUUUCCCCCCUCCACGGUCCCCGAUCCCGUCGACCACAAAGCCAUCCUCGCGAAGCAAGCCCAAGCCGCGAAGGCGAAGGCGGUUAUAAGCGGUAAAAAACAACUCCUAGAUCCGGUGGAAUUUGAUUUCCUCCGGGCGAAGGGCCGGCAACGGUACGGCACCAGUCGGUACGAGCGGAAGAGCAGCCGGUGGAGCGCAAAUUCUUCCGCGCAGGCGAGCACCCCGUUGAGCUCGCCGCGGAGUGAGGGGUCGGAGGAGGGGGGUAGUACGUUGCUGAGCGGUGG